AUGGCUGAGGGGCUCGGUGCUCCCAGAGGGGAAAGGGGCCAGGACCCAGACAUCUGGGGCCUGGAGGAAGCUGCAGUCAGCGGGCCUGAGCCUCUGUUCCCCGGGGAAGAGAAGGUAGUACCCAGCCGGGAGGCUUGCAUUGAUGAGAACCUGGAGGUGGUCCGCUUCCUAGUGGAGGAGGGGGCCUCAGUCAACCAAGCCGACAAUGAGGGCUGGACCCCCUUGCACGUGGCCGCCUCCUGCGGAUACCUGGACAUCGCCCAGUACCUGCUGAGCCACGGGGCCAACAUCGCGGCCGUGAACAGUGACGGGGACCUGCCCUUGGACCUGGCAGAAGCCGACGCCAUGGAGAGUCUGCUGAGGGCAGAGAUUGCCCGCCGAGGUGUGGAUGUGCAGGCUGCAAAGCGGGCUGAGGAGGAGCUCCUGCUACAUGACACGCGAUGUUGGCUGAAUGGGGGCGCCAUGCCAGAGGCCCGCCACCCCCGCACGGGCGCCUCGGCCCUGCACGUGGCUGCCGCCAAGGGCUACAUGGAGGUGAUGAGGCUACUCCUCCAGGCCGGCUAUGACCCUGAGCUGCGUGACGGGGAUGGCUGGACGCCCUUACACGCAGCUGCCCACUGGGGCGUAGAGGAUGCCUGCCGCCUGCUGGCCGAGCAUGGGGGAGGCAUGGACUCCUUAACCCAUGCGGGGCAGCGUCCUUGUGAUCUGGCAGAUGAAGAAGUUCUGAGCCUUCUGGAGGAGCUGGCCCGAAAGCAGGAAGAUCUUCGGAACCAGAAAGAAGCCCUGGCCCAGGGCCACGGGAUGGAGGCUAGCCCUGAGCCGCAGCUGCCGUCCAGCAGCAAACAUAGGAGGAGCUCUGUGUGCCGUCUGAGCAGCCGGGAGAAGAUCUCCCUCCAAGAUCUCUCCAAGGAGCGGCGGCCGGGGGGCACCGGCGCCCCCCUACUCCGUGACGAGGAGGAGGGCGAGGAGGAACCCCCAGAGCCCAGUGCCUUGAAUGGAGUAUCUUCCCCACAGAGCCUGGACCCCCCCAGCCCCAAGACCAAGGAGCUCCGUCUGGCUCGCGUGCCCCCAACGCUGUCCCGGAAGACGAAUGAGACCCCCGAAGCGAUCGUGGAGCCCCCAACGACGCCGCCGCCGGCCGUGCCAAACGCCCCAGGGUCGGCCUCUUCGGCCCCCAUGGAUUCCCGGGACCGAAGGAGAUUGUACCAGAUGCCCGUGAGGGACGAGGAGUCCGAGUCUCAGCGCAAGGCGCGGUCCCGGCUCAUGCGCCAGUCUCGGAGAUCGACUCAGGGGGUGACGCUGACUGACCUGAAAGAGGCGGAAAAGAGCGUCGUGCGGGGCCCUGAACCUGAGAAGGGCGAGACGCGCCCCACGAGCCUGGACCCUGCUCGGCGGCCCCGGGUGCCUGGGCUGGAGAACUCGGGCACUGCUGUCCAGAGAGCAGAGGAGCCUGAGGGGGACGGCCGCAACCAGCAGGCGGCUCCGGACCGCCGGAAAGUCCGUAAGGAACGUCGGGGGCUGGCCGAGGGCGAGGAGGCGGAACCCGCAGACCUGGCGAGUGAGGAGAGCCCGGCCCGCAGCGUGGUGGACAGCUCCAAGGGACUCCGGCCACGGGCAAACCCUGGGGACCCCCACCCGGACAACAGCAGUUUCCGCAAGCUGUACCUGAGCCUACAGGGGGAGAAUGAGCGGCUCAGGGAGACCCUGCAGGAGACCACCCUGGGGCUGUCACAGCUGAAGGUGGAGCUGGAGCGGGCCACGCAGAGACAAGAGCAGUACGCGGAUAGGCCGGCCAUGCUGGAGCUGGAGAGAUUUGAGCGGCGGGCCCUGGAAAGGAAGGCAGCCCAGCUGGAGGAGGAGCUAAAGGCCCUGUCUGACCUGCGGGCUGACAACCAGCGCUUGAAGGAUGAGAACGCAGCGCUCAUUCGGGUCAUCAGCAAACUCUCCAAGUGACCUCCCCCUCCCCCGCUCUCCCCUCACCCCUAUUUAUGCAGCUGCUUCUGCCACAGAUCAUUCCUUUGUGUGAAACUUGGGGACCCUGGAGGGGCCAUCAGGAGUCCCCUCCCCCCAAUCACUCCCCUAACAAAGCCAUAAUCGCCCCCCACACUCCCCAGCACCGGGCCUCUCAAGGCCCAGCUGCUUGGAUCGAAGGGAGCAGGGGCGGGGGGGCCAUGGGAAGCUGGGGCUGCAUGGGGGGGUGCUGGGGGCUGCCAAGGAUGGGACCAGAGAUGGGGGACGGCGAUGGAGGACAGAACGUAGCUGAAGGCAGGCGAGAGAAGUCGAUUGAAGAAUCUUGGGGCCGCAGCUGACAGAGGCGGUGGCGGCCCAGGACCGGGGGAGCCAGAGAAGGAAGAUACAGACUUUGGGGACCAGGGCACCAGAGAGAGCCUCGCCCCUCUCCCCCCGCUCCUGCUUCCUCUCCACCUCACUUGUGAUGCCACCCCCUCCUCUCCUCCCCCCUCCAGGGAGCAAAGAAUGUGCCAAUGGUCCCUGCCUCCUCAGGCCACUGGCCGGGGCUGCUGGGACAUGUAUAUAGGGGCGUGGGUUUUUUUGGGGGGCCCCACGCCCACUUCUGAUGUGCAAUAGGGGAAGGAGGUUUCUAUUUUUGUGGCCGGGGUUGCCCCCCGCCGCCUGGGGUCGGGGGGGGGGCACCUAUGCUGGGAGAAAGUAUUUUCCUGAGAUCUGCCGUGGCCACGGGGCACCGCGAAUAAAGGGUGUGACUUUGCUGUUA